AUGUCUGGGCUGCUAAGCGAUUGCUGCAAGACGGGUUGUGCUGGAGAGUCGGACGAGGAACCAGAAUAUCCGUAUGGGAUGAUUGUUGGGACAUGGAAAACUGACUUAAUUAAUCAUACCUUUCCAGUUGAUGUUGCUCAGAAAAUUCUACGAAUCCCGCUGGCAGAAACACCUCACGAGGAUUUUAAAGUAUGGAUGGGAGAGCAAUCUGGUGAUUUUUCAGUGAGGAGUGCCUACAAACUAUUACAAGAUGUUCGAUUGGAUCCUAAUUUUUAUUUAAUACAGACCGAUCUAAAGGAUUUCUACGGCAAGCUAUGGAAUUUACAACUACCUGCCAAGAUAGCAAUUACAAUAUGGAGAAUAUAUUGGAACUAUAUCCCUACUCUAGCUAAUUUAAAACAUAAACGGGUGAGUAAUGACGCGACCUGUCCUCGAUGUGGAAGAGGGGAAGAAGACAUCACCCACAUCUUUAGGUAUUGUCCUGCAACAGGUGAAAUAUGGCCAUUAUUAGAUCUGUCAUGGAUUAGUGAAAGUACGAUUCAAGGAUUUUGGGAAUGGAUUACCUGGGUUUUCAGAACGAGUACCUCUGAGCAGUGUAAGAUUUACUGUUGUGGCAUGUGGUUUCUUUGGAACUCAAGGAAUAAAUUCAUACAUGAGCAGAAAAUAGAAACAGGGAGAGAGUUAUCUCUUAUAGUUAGAAACUACAUAGCUGAACUCGAAGGGUUGAGGACGAAAGCAAGCACCUUAAAACCGAGCAGCAGUCACAGGUACCAAGAGGGAGGAACCAGCGUGACAAUUCAGUUCGACACAGCAUUUGAUUGUAGAAAUUUUAAGUCUACAUCUGGCCUGGUGGUCUGGGGCAGGGGCGGACGACUCAUGGCAACGAAGACGGUUUUACACCGGAAUGUUCAGUCUCCAUUUCCUGCUGAAGCCCUUGCUGGUUUACAGGCGGUUAAACUAGGGAGUGAAAUGGAGUUCCCCUCUAUGACAGUUAUGGGGGAUUCCUAA